AUGCGAUGGGAUGCCGCCGGCUUCGCGGGGAGUUCGAUUGUCCAGACGCCGCAUCUCGAUCGGCUGGCUCAAAGCGGGGUCUGCUUUGAAAAUACCUACUGUGCCUCCCCUGUCUGUUCACCCGCCCGUGCCAGUUGGCUGACGGGACUCUACCCCCACGCCCACCUGCAACUGAAAAAUUACGGGCCCGGCUCAAUUGGGAAAUGGGGGAGCUACCUGCCCCCUGACCGUGUGACUAUCGGCGAUGUCCUCAAAUCCGCCGGUUAUCGCUGUGGCAUGGUGGGUCCUUGGCAUCUUGGAAACGACCACCUCCCCCAGCACGGAUUCGACGAUUUUUGGUGCACCUAUCGCUAUCUUGGCAAAGAUUACCCUGAUCCGCUCUUUGAUUCCUUUGAUCGCGCGGGAGUUCCCAAUCUCUACCUCAAAGACGCUGAAGGGAUGACACAGUACGGAAACACGCUGGAAUUUGGGGUGAUCACGACCCCCGACAGCAGCGCACCACUUGGACGAUAG